AGGAAUUCACCCCCCCCCCUCUCUCUCACCACCUCCCCAACUGAGGCGGGGGGACCUCACCAGAGGCGGGGUUUUGGGUGGGUGGCACACGUGGCCAGAACGCUGUGACUGCUGCAUCCACCACCACCACAACCAACCACGCCACAACCACGUGGCCAGAACGCUGUGACUGCUGCCUCCACCACCACCACAACCAACCACGCCACAACCACGUGGCCAGAACGCUGUGACUGCUGCCUCCACCACCACUACCACAACCAACCACGCCACAACCACGUGUCCAGAACGCUGUGACUGCUGCCUCCACCACCACCACCACCAACAACCACGCCACAACCACGAGACCUUUUACUCACAACUUUGUGCCGUGUCAAGGGUGACCAGGGUUGCUGGCGCUAUGACUUUCCGAGGCCGGGUAGGAAUCUGGGUGAGUGGCACUAAACUCCGUGACAUGGACAUGGAGGAGUUUGCAGAGAUCUGCCGGGAAAAGAAAAUAGAAGUGAUAAAGAUAAACCAGACCCGGCCUCUGAGCGAGCAGGGCUCCUUCCAGGUGCUCAUUCACCGGCUCACGGAGGAGAUGCACAAUGCCAGCACCGGAGAUACACGCGCACGCAGAAUCAUAGAUGACUUCCAGGAGUACAUCACCUCCAGGCCAGGCAUGCUGGUAAUGGACCCCCUGGACAGCAUAAAGACCCUCUUGGACCGAGGGGUCACCUACUCGCUCAUCAGACGCCUACAGCAAGGGGGAACAGCAACAGAUGAUGGGAUCUGCAUUCCCAACUUCGUGGAGCUCAAGACAUCAGAUCCUGGCGAGAUCUGCAACCUGAUGGCUCAGCACGGUGUCACGUUUCCAUUCGUUUGUAAGACAAAAGUGGCUGAAGCAAACAAUUCUAACGAGAUGAUGGUGAUUUUCGGGCGUCGGGGCCUGAGGGAAGUGCGGCCCCCGUGCGUGGCGCAGAGCUUCAUCAACCACAACGCCGUGCUGCACAAGGUGUACGUGGUGGGCACUCGCUGGGUGCACAGCCUGCGGCUCUCCAUCAAAAACUUCCCACAGGGAGAGCACGAUGCAGACACGGUUUUCUUUCACAGCCAUGAGGUCUGCAAACCAAACAAGAACUCCCCUCUCUCAGUCUUGGACGACGAGGAACCGCCCAUGCCAAUGCCGCUGUGCGAGCGCUGGGUGCACAAAGUGGUGCACGCCCUGCAGGACGCGCUGCACGUGACGCUCGUCGGCGUGGACGUGAUCGUGGAGAACGGCACCGGGCGGCACUAUGUCAUCGACGUCAACGCCCUGCCCUCAUACGAUUGCGUGCCGGAGUUUUCAGAGUGGCUGGCCGACUACCUCAACUCUGUGAUGAAAUAAGGACAAAGAGUCACCCUGAAGCCUGUUCCAUGAGCGAGCGCGUACACUUGAGUUUACUUCCACCGCUCCCUUGGCUUCACUGUGCACUGGGCUCCACCUGAGUUCAGUUGAGGCCAACAGAGCGGAGGCACACAUUCCUUGAGCGCAUAAACCCAGCAUCUUAAUUAACGCAACCCCGUCAGCGGAUUAAUGAAACAAAAAAAGGAAACGUAUUGUGACACAUCGGGUUUAGAUUAAAGUCUACCAUUUUUAUGCAUGGUAAUUCUUACGACCGUAAAAUUGGGUUGUUUCAUUUCUUUAAGGGAACUAUUGCGCAAGAAGCUGUUAAUGUUGUCGCAGAUUUGAGUGUGCGACAAAACAGUAUUUUUCUACACAAAUGUAAGCGAACGAAAUCUAAUUGCAUUAGCCUACUAUACAGCAGCAAAGAAAUGCAGAAACUGUGCACAACCAUUUUGUUAAUCUUGUAUACUGUAUAUAUUAUUUAUACAGUGUGUUGUUUGUAUUUUGGCUCCUCUCAUGAAACGUCGUUUUCUGCCCUUUUUAAAUAAAUGAGGCUUUCAAAGUAACCGUUAAGUAAUUAUUACGAUCCGGCCGGGUGGCUCAGCGGUAGAGCCAAGCGGCUCGCAAUUGGAAGGUCGUGACCUCAGAUCCUGGUUGGCGGGAGAGGGGGGGUUGACUAGGCCUUUCAUCCCUCGGGUCGAUACAGAUGACUCCCACUUUGUUGGGAGGUCAACAACGGUGGUUGCCCGAUGGAGACACUCGCCCACACCUCCCAUUACCACGGCUGACUAUGUACGGUGCGAAAUAAGUUCAACAUACAUACGACCACCAUCAUAAGAACAUGGAAUCGCCAGUACUGACUCAGGGCUGUAACCGAGAGGUGAACACCAAUGCCUUAAUGCUCAUUUGGGCAGAAAACCACUUUACGUUUUGGCUGUUGCAUAGUUCUGCUCGUGAAGGACAGAGAACACCUUUUAAAAAUGAGCAUAAUUUAAGUAAACCUGUAUUGAUAACAUUUACAUUAAAUGAUUACUAUCCCAAGUUAACACAACAAUUGGCAUUAACAGCUGACUUGAAAGCAAUAGUUCAUAAGACGUACUGUUUUAAAUUAAUUGCGUGAGUAUUGGAUUCAUUUUAACUCAUUGACCUCUGGAUUUAUAGGCAGAUUUUUGCAAAAUCAAAUGAGCAAUGUGAAUGUGCCUUAAUAUAUUUCUAUUAUCAAAGACAAGAUCAUUUUGUUUGCAAUGAGUUGGGUUGCCGUGAUAUAAUGUUUCACAACACGAUACUAUAGAAUUUGAAUGUUCACGGCAUGACUAUUAUCGCGAUAUCAGCUUCCCAUAACUUUGCGAUUGUUUAACAUUUUUUCGCCGUUAAGUAGGAUUCAAGAUUUGGUUGAAAAAGUUUUUCAUCUGUAAUUCACUCAACCAAGCUGUCAUCAGUCUUGCAAUCUCUGAAUCAGCUCAAGCUUCCUGUAAGUCACGUGACUUGUGAAUCCCUCUCCUCUCCCCCGCCCGCGGUGAAAACACGCUGCACCAUGCAGCUUUGAGGCCCUCUUCCUCCCCAUUCUCAUCUCCCCUCACCCGUUGCUCCCAUUUUUUUCCCAUUCCGUUUCCAUCCUUGUCAUCUCAUGUCCCAUUCUGUAUCUUCUCUCGUUCGCUCUUCCCAUUCGUCAUAUCCUUGACUCUCCUCCCCUUUCCGUGGAGUGCCGCCAUGGGUGCAACAGUUGCUCGCCUUUGCAACUUUAUAAUCUACGAUGCGUACAAUGCGCCCACCGUCAGUUACAAAAUAUAAACGAAUAAUAACUACGAAAGCAAUGUCAACUUCCACCGAUAUUCAAAGCGCUGAUUUAAUGAGGUUAUCGCCUUCAAUUAUUGUUACUCGAUAAACAUUGUCCGGGACAUUAAGUGCGUUAGAAGAAAGAUAAUCGCGAUAACGCGAUAUUUUUGCGAAACGGACGGCGAGUUUUUUCCCCACGGACAUCGCCAAUAUCGCGGCAACCCUGGCUACGAGACUGAUUUGCGUUUCCGAGUUACGCGACAUUGGGGCAUUGUGUGCGUCCUCUGUUCCGUGUUGACAUGUAUCAAAGGCAAGAACAUACCGGAUAUAUGUUAUAUGCUGCUGAUAUAAUUGUUUACAAUUGAAACGUGUAUCAAUUCUGUCUAUUGGCACAUUUCUGUUGGAUAACUAUAAGCUGAUCCUUAUUAAAACCGUUGAACCUGUGUGUUUGGUGUAACGUACUCAUGCAUCGAUACAUUUAUCUUUAAAAAAAGAUAAAUAAACAAUUGUGGACAUUAGCACGGUUAUUGUUUUACGGCAGAUUUGCAUUGUUAUUUUUGUACAACUUUUAUUCUGAAUGAGCAUAACCGUGUCGUUGUGCAUACUCAUGGAUACAUUGUGGAUGUUUUGUAGCACAGUAUUGUAUCGUUUCAUCUUGUUUGACCGACAAAGUAAACGGUUAAUAAAACUUGAACGGCGCAUACCACUGGCAGAAUACUUGGGUCGAGAAUGCUUAUUUUUCAGACUGGAAUUAAAAUACCAAUCUCACGUAAAAUGUUUGUUAAAAAAUAAA